GACUCACAGCAGUGACUUUGCGGGACUGUUUGAUCUUCUCGAAACUAUGAUACUUUUUACGUGUUUUAUUAUUGGAAUGGUCAGUCAUGUACUUUCAGAUUCUGCUGCAUGUGCGCCUCCACAACUAUUGGAUGAACAACUAACACGGUUGAGCCAAGAGUUUAAUAUAAACCACCCGGAUGUUGGAAAUGGAGGGGCAAUCUUUACCAAUAUGUUAAUGAAAUAUAAACAGAUACCUGAAAAAAAUGUUAUUUUGGAGGCUGUACUGCGCUCAUACUUGGACUUAUUCAAGGUUUUAAAGCAACAAAGUGAAGUCAAGGAGCAUAUCAGCAUUGUUGCUAACAGCUUGAAUGAAUGUGUGACAUCUGCAAAGUACAAAAUGCAAAAUGACCUUCUCAAUGAUCUCAAGAAAUUAAGCAAUAUCAAAUGGGAUGAUCAAAUGGUUCAGCGCAAAGCAAUCCUUGAACUUCGUGAAGUUCUGAACGUAGUGAAAGAUACUGGGAAAAAAAGACGCAAGAGGAACAUGGGAAGGAGGCCAAGGAUCUAA